UCGGCAAUGCCACGCACCACGGCUGGCUGCCGCUGCAGGGGCCCAAUGAGAGCUCAGACACGCUCGGUGGCGCAGCAUCGCCGCAGCUCGACUCGUGGAACGGCGGCUCGCGCAAGAUCGGCUACCCGUACCGCCAGAAGAACGAGGAGGAGCAGGAGGCAGAGGCCGUCGAGCAGGUAAGUGCAGUGCCUGGGUGGAAGCGAUGCAGGGCGCUCCGAAGCUAACCUUGAGCGAUGGGCUGCCGAGGAGCGGCAACGACGGCGAGCGGCACGCUCUUCGCAAGCACGCGUGCCGUCUGGCUCGUUUGCGGCAGCCAACGGUACCGCAGCAGCCUCUCCUGCCAGCUCGCUCGCGCGCCGCCUCUCCUCGCUGGGGCGCAAGGCGUCCGGCACCGGCGGCGCGCCGUCUGCAUUGCCGCCCGCGGCAUCGCACUCCAACGGCCUGCUCCGCCGCGGCUCCAACCCAGAGAGCUUCAGCAGCGCAGAGUCGGGCAGCCGUGAGUCGGAGGAAAGCAGACGCAGCGGCGCCAGCACGCUGGGCGACGCAAGCAGCGGGCGCUCGCUGCACAGCGGCCGCGCGCUUGAUCCCGCCAUCAUCGAAGAGGCAUCAGAGGGCGAUGCUGCCGACCAGGCAGCCGCAGCUGCGCGCCGCGCCAAGGGCAAGCAGCGCGCACGAGACGAUGCCGACUGGUCAAGGCCGCUCUCCGCCGCCGAGCAGAGGCGUGCGGCUGCGGACCAGCAUGCGGCAUCCGUGGGGCAAGAUCCCUUCCGCGAUGACCUGUCCAACGGUUCGCAGGAGCGCCUGCAUUCGCGCAGCGGCUCUGGCUCGUCAGCAGCGACACUGCAGACGUACGGGCAAUCGGGCAAGGCGACUCCGCGCCAUCCGAUCGUGACGCCUGGCCGAGCGCCGACGAUCAAGCACCGCGCGCGGCAGAGCGGCAGAGACGCGCCGGAGAUCGUGGCGACGGACGUGGAUGCCUCGAAUCCGUUCACAGACAGCAAUGCUGGGCCGCCCGACGCCGGCGACCGCUACGCGAUGCGCAAGGGCGCCAAGUACGGGCGCCGGCGGCCAGGCAUGCGCACGCGUACGAUUGAGGAGGGCGAAGAGGGCGCGGAAGAGGAGGCAGAAGAGUCGGACGAGACGAUCGACGAGGGCAUUGGGCGGCAGGCGCCCGCACGCAAGAGCACGAGCAGCUCGCGCUUCAACGAGGUCGGCCUCGACGACGAGAGCGACGGCUGGUCGGCUGCCGAUCAGG